AUGAGUGCGUGCGGAGCAGGCAUGCAGUGGCAGAGAGCGUUGUCUCUAUUGAGCGAAUUGGGAGAGGCGGAAUUGGAGCCAAACGCCAUCAGCUACAGUGCUGCGGCCAGCGCGUGCGAGAAGAGUGCUCGCUGGCAACAGGCAUUGCUCGUACUCAGCGAAAUGCAGCAAGGAAGCCUUGAGUGCGACGUCAUCUGUUGUAGCUCUGUAAUCAGCGCAUGUGGGAAAGGCGGUCAGUGGCAAAAUGCGCUGUCGCUGCUCGACGAGAUGUCAAGCACGAGUGUGGAGCCGACUGCCAUCAGCUACAGCGCCGCAAUCAGCGCGUGCGGGGCAGCUGGGCUGUGGCAGGACGCGCUUUCGUUGCUCGGUGAUCUGCGCAAGGCGAGAUUGGAGCCAAACGUGAUCUAUCUACAACGCGGGGAUCAGCGCGUGCGAGAAGGGUGA